CGCCACUGCCUUCUGCUGUGCGAGAGGAGAUGCGCGCGGGGUCAAUCAAUAAAGCGAGGAUACAGACACGGAGGAGCCGAGAUUGGGGUCGACUCCUUUAGCCAUGUUGGCUGCGACGUGUAACAAAAUCGGGAGUCCGAGUCCUUCUCCUUCCUCUAUUUCGGAUAACUCGUCUUCGUUCGGGAAAGGAUUCCACCCGUGGAAACGAGCGGCAGCCAGCAGCUGUAGUUUGGGAUCCAGUUUAUCCUCUUUCGCUCGGAAUGGUGGUGGUUUAAGCGACUCUUUUGGCACGAACACGUCCACGGGAUCCAGUGCCUUUUCCUUAACUUCUGGUACUUCAUCCAACUCCCACUUCGCAAACGACUACUCCGUUUUCCAGGCGUCGGUUUCCAACAACUCCCAAGAGCCCAGCCACCAGCCCAUGUUUAUUUCCAAGGUGCACACGUCCGUGGACAGCUUGCAAAGCAUUUACCCGAGAAUGAGCGUGGCGCAUCCCUACGAGUCGUGGUUCAAGUCCUCGCACCCUGGCAUACCCACUGGGGAUGUGGGCACCACGGGCGCGUCCGCGUGGUGGGACGUGGGAGCCGGUUGGAUUGACGUGCAGAACCCGAACGGAGCCGCGCUCCAGACGUCCCUUCACUCCGGUGGGCUGCAGACUUCCUUACACUCUCCUUUGGGGGGAUACAACUCAGACUACUCGAGUUUAAGCCACUCUGCCUUUAGCACCAGUGCGUCCCCGCAUCUGCUGACCACCGGUCAGCAUCUCAUGGACGGAUUCAAACCUGUGCUCUCCUCGUACCCGGACUCCAGUCCCUCUCCCCUGGGUGGAGCUGGAUGUUCCAUGUUGACAGGGGGUCCGACGGCCUCGUUGGCGGGAUCUCCACGGUCCUCGGCGCGGCGCUACUCGGGCAGAGCGACGUGCGACUGUCCGAACUGUCAAGAGGUGGAACGCCUGGGUCCAGCUGGCACGAGCCUCCGCAGAAAAGGGCUACACAGCUGUCACAUUCCCGGCUGUGGGAAAGUGUACGGCAAAACGUCCCACCUCAAGGCUCAUUUGAGGUGGCACACCGGAGAAAGGCCGUUUGUGUGUAACUGGUUGUUCUGUGGGAAGAGGUUCACGCGCUCCGACGAGCUCCAGCGACAUUUACGCACGCACACCGGCGAGAAGCGCUUCGCUUGUCCCGUGUGUAACAAGAGGUUCAUGCGGAGCGACCACCUCAGUAAACAUGUCAAAACGCACAGUGCCGGAGGCUCAUCAGGGUCGGGCUCUGGGGCGAGUGGAGGGAAACGAGGGAGCGACACCGACAGCGAGCACAGUGUGCCCGGUAGCCCCUCGUGCCACUCACCUGACCUGUUGCAACCUCCCGAGUCUGUCCCGACGACGGGCAUGAACGGCCGUGCAAACUCCCUCGAUUAAUCCCGUUCAAAAUGCACGUACACGAAUCUCGAAUGGACUAGAAACUUACCGGACGGUUCACAAAAAGGUUGUGCUGUUCGUUCGGUAACACUUUAUAAAAACUUUCAAUAAUUCCAAUUGUUAACAAACACUAUCAGAUCGCUAGUUAAUGCACAUUCAAUUCUGAAUAUCCUAUGUGAAACAAUAUAAACCAAAGUUUCAUCUCUUUUGAGCUAUUCGAGUGUACAUUAACUACUUUUCUGUUAAGCUUAAUACUAUUUGUUAAGUUAAAAGUGAAAGUUAUUAUAAAGUGUCACCUGGUGAAAUAACCGUGUGGCCAUUUCACUUGGAUGUUGUAAAGUGAUUCAAUUUACGAUUAAAAUGUAAUUUACAAUGAAGUAAGCCUGUUUUGGUCUGCAGAGAUUCUGUGACAUGAAUUUGGUAAAAUAAGGGGAUAUUAAAAAGGACAUAAUCUAAUAUGUGCGUUCUGAUGGGUAUUUGUCGAAUAGUCUUAUUUUACUUACUGUUGUUAUGAAACCGAAAAAUGUAUUUUACCCAUCAGUGAAGUGGCCUGUCAUUGCUAACUUUUUGUUUUUCUCAAAACCAAACUGUGGCACUUUAUUCAUGAACACUACUAAAAUCCAAUUUCGUAAGGAUAAAUUGCCGUAGUGUUGAAUAGACUUCGUUUUGUCAUUUACAAAUUCAUUUCUUUAAUAUUCGAAAAGAUAGUCUAUAUAUCGCACAUUGGUCUUUGUCGAAACUACAGACUACAAAUUCUAAGUUUGUAUGAAAUGUACUUAUUUCUUGUUGCUGCAAAA